AUUAAACCAAACGAGGUGGGUAAAACAAAGUCUGGACAAUUUGCGAAAGAACCGCACCGAAAGAACCACCAGGAAGAGCUGCUGUGAGUGAGUGGAAGGAAGAACGACAACGCACCAAGCAAGCAACCAUGGCUGAGGAGCGCUUUGAUGGCCUGCUGUUGAGCAUGGCUCAGCAGAUGGAAGGGGGCAUCGACCAACUGUUGGACGUCUACUUCAGCUUCCUGCUUCGCAAGACAGACUUCUUCACUGGCGCGUCCAAGGAGCACGCAAAACAGCUGGUCAUGUCCAAGUUUGAAAAGUACAGCAAGAUUGCAGAGCAGAAGAAAAAGGAAAAGCAGCAGGAGGAAGAAGACGACGCAGAGGAGGAAGAGGUUGUCCUGCCUGACGACGGCUCCAAGAUCCAGGAGCUGACGGACGAGCAAGCAGCCAAGCUGGAGCAGCAGCUGAAGAAGAAGGAGGACAAGAAGCAGCACACGAAGAAGCAGCCAGCCACCAGCAGUAGCAGCGAGGCCAAGGCUGCAGAUGCGUCGAGUGCGGCGAAGAAGAGCAAGUCCACGGCCACGCCGCUGCCCAACGCAGCAAACCCAGACGACCUCUCUGCUGAGGACUCGGGCGACGAGGAUGGCGAUGGCAACAAGCAGCCCAACGGAAAGCUCCGCCCAAACACGGGCAACGGUGCGAACCUCCCAAACUACUCCUGGAUCCAGACCCUCCAGGACCUCGAGGUGCGGGUGCCGCUGAAGGUUGAUUUCAGGGUGAAGGGCCGCGAUUGCGUCGUCGACAUCAAGAAGAACUCGCUGAGCAUUGGGCUGAAGAACCAGCCGCCAAUUCUGUCUGGCAAGCUGCCGCACCCAAUCCACCCGGACGAGAGCACGUGGGUCCUCGACAACAACACCAUCACCGUCCAGCUCGAGAAGGUGAACCAGAUGGAGUGGUGGCCGCACGUGGUUGUGGGCGAGCCCGAGAUCAACACGCGCAAGGUGCAGCCGGAGAACUCGAAGCUGUCAGACCUUGACGACGAGACGCGUGGCAUGGUUGAGAAGAUGAUGUUUGACCAGCGGCAGAAGGAGAUGGGCAAACCCACGUCCGACGAGCAGAAGAAGCUGGACAUCCUCGAAAAAAUCAAGAAGGCCAACCCUGAGAUGGACUUUUCCAACGUCAAAUUCUCCUGAGCAAAAGCCGACGCUGUGUGUGUGUGUGUGUGUGUGUGUGUGUGUGUGUGUGUGUGUGUGUGUGCGUAUGUCUGUCUGUCUGUCUGUCUGUCUGCCUAUCUGUCAGGUUGACAUGACUGGUGGGUUCGUUUGCAAAGAGUAUAUUGACAACCGUGA